AUGGCCACGGGCGGCCCGCAGAAACCAGAAUCCACUCAGAAAGACAAGGGCCAGCCCGCAGCGUCAAAGCCAGAGGCUCCCGACGCCGCCCCAGAGUCAGAGCCGAUACCCGAUUUCAGCAAGCUCCCCGACCUCACACAGGGCAUUCCUUCGACCCUCGAAUAUGAGCUCUCCAGCAAGGCGAAGAAGGGCAGCUCAAAAAAGCCUGGCGCCGAAGAGCCUGCGCCCAAGCCCGAGUCGGAACCCGAGCCGCAGCCCAGCAGCGGCGGCCGCCCGCACAAGGAGAUGCCCUCCUCUGCUUAUGAGACUUCCACAGACCGGAGGCGGAUGAAGACUGCCAACGUCCUGUACCUCACUGCUGCCCUCGGCGCUUUCGGCACGCUUGGCUACCUCGGCCGGCCGUGGGACGAGGAUGAGGCUCCCAAGCACACCGACAUUGAUAACUCCUGGUCUCCCAUGUCAUGGUGGGCGCGUGCCGUCGCUCGCCAGAAUCAGUCUCUCGACUACUACCGCGAGCCCGCGUUUGAGAAGCUGUUGCCCGACCCGGACCCGAUGUUUGAGCGCCCUUACACCCUCUGCAUCAGUCUCGAGGACAUGCUGCUCCACAGCGAGUGGACUAGAGAGCACGGCUGGAGAGUGGCCAAGCGGCCAGGUGUCGACUACUUCCUGCGCUAUCUGAGCCAGUACUACGAGCUCGUCCUGUUCACCACAGUGCCCUUCCAGAUGGGUGACCCCUUGGUGCGGAAGCUGGAUCCUUUCCGCUUUAUCGUGUGGCCACUCUUCAGAGAGGCUACCAAGUACAAGAAUGGUGAAAUCGUCAAGGACCUGUCAUACCUCAACCGCGACCUGUCCAAGGUCAUCAUCAUCGACAGCAAAGCAUCUCACGUACAGAACCAGCCCGAGAACGCCAUCAUCCUCCCGCCGUGGAAGGGCGAAAAGGGCGACAAGGAACUCGUGUCCCUCAUCCCGUUCCUCGAGUACAUCCACACUAUGCAGUACAAGGACACUCGCGAGGUUCUCAAGUCCUUUGAGGGCAAGCACAUCCCCACUGAAUUCGCCCGCCGUGAGGCAAUCGCGCGUGCCGAGUUCAACAAGCAGGUUGAAGCGCGGAAGAAGCGUGCCCCAUCCGGCAUGGCCGCUCUCGGCGGCCUUCUCGGCCUCAAGCCGAGCAACAUGAGCAUGAUGGUCCCUGCCGAGGGUGAGCAGAGCGCGUCGGAAGCCUUCGCAUCAGGCAAGAUGCUCCAGGAUAUUGCUCGCGAGCGUGGCCAGCGCAACUAUGAGAUGCUCGAGAAGGAGAUCCGCGAGAACGGCCAGAAGUGGCUCAAGGAGGAGCAAGAAGCCCAAGAGAAGGCUCAGGCCGAGGCCAUGAGCAGCAUGAAGACCAACUUCUCUGGCUGGUUCGGCUCAGGUGACGACAGCAAGAAGUAA